AUGGCAACGACAACGACAACGGUUCGUUUCUAUGAUUCAACAUUUUAUACAAUUGCAUUAACAUCAGUUGCUUAUUUAUUAUUUCAAAUCUAUUCAAUACGUCCACAUUCACAUCGUUUAAUACUAUUUAUAUCAUUUUUAUGUACUUGUCUCAGCUGUGAAGCAUUUUUUCAAAUAUUCCAACCGAAUUCAUUAAUCCAUUUUUCAAAUUUAACUAUAACAAACUUUUUUUCACCGACAAUUAUUCAUUUUACACUAUUAUUAUCGAUAUCAUCAUUUCUAUGGAAUGCAACACAAUGUGCUGCAUUAUCAUCAAUACUUCUUCCAACAAAUUCACUGGAAAAACAACAACCUCCAAAUUUUGUGCUACGCCGUUGGCUUCGUCAUGUAUGUGUAGAUCAUGUAUUUGCACUUUUACUUGUUCGUUUGGGACGUCUCACCGAUGUAGCAACUAUAACCGCGUUGAGUAAUAUGGCAAGUAUAUGUGUUAUAGCAAGUUGGUGUUCACAAAUAGCUGUUUUUCCAUGUAUGCUAUGUUUUCUCUAUUCAUUAUUUAUUGAUUCGACAACGAAUUCAGAUAAGAAAAAUUCUUCGUCGCUAUUAACAACGAAUGUCGACGAAUUUAAUUCUGUAUUACAUCGUUUAAAAAUAAUUAAAAUUAUGGGUUUAGCUUUAUUUGGUUUAAAAAUAUCAGCAUUAUCAUUAUGUGAAACAUUAGCUUUAGGUUUAACAGGUACGAUUUGUUUAUCGUGUCUUGUUGUAGCACCACCUGGUCGUGAAAUGUCCAAAUACACGAGAAUAUUUGAUAUAUUUAUUGGAAAAACAUCUGAUGAAGACAAAAAUGAAACAAUGACCAUUGAGAAUGUGAAACAGCUGCCAGAAAUCACACAAAAAUCCAUUGUUUCAAAAAAUGAGGAUUCUCAUCUUCAUAAUACAGUUCAUCAACGAUUAUCGGCUCGCACAAGUUUUUCACAUUCGCCAUCAGCGCCUAUGAUUAUAGUGCCAGCAUCGAAAAAAGUUGAAGUAAAUAAACCGUCGACGAAAGUCAUAGAUUAUUCGGCUCUAACUGACGAUGAAAUCUUAUCAUUGGUUAAAGCUAAAACAUUAGCUGCACAUAAUCUUGAAAAAUAUUUACCUUACUUACGUGCAGUCCAUAUUCGUCGUAUUCUAUUAAAUGAACAAUUGAUAUCAACGAAAAAUACAUUAUCAUCACUUGAUUCUUUACCUUAUGAACAUUAUGAUUAUUCAUUGGUUAUUAAUCAAUGUUGUGAAAAUGUUAUUGGAUAUGUUGAAAUACCAGUCGGAUAUGCUGGUCCAUUACUUGUUGAUGGUAAACAUUAUUAUAUACCAAUGGCUACUACAGAAGGUGCACUUGUUGCUAGUACAAAUCGGGGCUGUAAAGCUGUAACAAUGUCGAAAUUAGGUGUUGAAACCAUUGUAUUUAAUGAUGGUAUGACACGCGGCCCUGUACUUAAAUUUAAUACUAUUCGACAUGCACAUGAUGCGUAUGAAUGGUUUGAAACAAAUUUCGAUGAAAUAAAACAAACCUUUGACCGUACAAGUUCAUAUGCACGUUUAACAAAUAUAAAACGAAACAUGGCUGCACAUUAUUUAUUUGUUCGUUUUGUUGCAACAACUGGCGAUGCAAUGGGUAUGAAUAUGGUAUCAAAAGGCGUUGAAGCUGUAUUAACACUUAUCAAGUCGAAUUGGCCUGACGUAGUUGAUAUUAUUAGUAUUAGUGGAAAUUAUUGUAUAGAUAAAAAACCAUCAGCAUUAAAUUGGAUUGAUGGACGAGGGAAGUCUGUCGUUGCAGAAGCUACCAUAUCACAUGAAGUGCUUGAACAAAUUCUGAAGACAACUGCAAGUCGACUUGUUGAAUUAAAUCAAUCGAAAAAUUUACUUGGUUCAAUAAUGGCUGGUUCUAUAGGUGGAUUUAAUGCACAUGCUGCGAACAUUGUAGCUGCAAUGUUUAUUGCUUGUGGGCAAGAUCCAGCACAAGUUGUAUCUAGUAGUAAUUGUUUAACGUGGCUUGAAACAGCUGGUCCUGAGAAUCGUGAUUUGUACAUAUCAUGUACGAUGUAUUCAGUUGAAGUAGGAACAAUUGGUGGUGGUACAAAAUUAGCUGCUCAGCAAUCUUGUCUAAAAAUGCUUGGUAUUGAUGGGUCUUGUGUGCAAAUGCCUGGUGAAAAUUCUUGCCAAUUUGCCAAACUUAUAUGUUCAACAGUUCUAGCUGGUGAACUUUCUUUAAUGAGCGCAUUAGCCACGAACGAUCUUGUCCAUUCUCAUUUGCGACUGAAUCGUAGUGCAGCAGCUCUGAACCAAAUCAGAUAG